AUGGUGUUACAACGAGUUCCCUCCAAAGAGCAAGCUAGAAGAUCCCACUCUGGUGAUCAAACUAGUACUGUAACAAAAGAAAAGUUGGAGAUUAACAUGGAUGGGGUCGCAGUGGAAGAGCUCGUGAGUCAUUGGUUAAAUACUCAUGCAGUGAUGAAGCCAUUUGCAAUAGCAACAAACAAGAAUCUCAGUGUGAUUCACCCCAUUUGUAAGCUUCUUUAUCCUCACUAUCAUGAUACCAUUAAUAUCAAUGCACUUGCUAGGCAAAACCUGAUUAAUGCAAAUGGCAUUAUAGAACAAUCAUUUUUGCCUGGAAAGUAUUCUAUGGAGAUGUGUUCAGUUGUUUACAAGAAUUGGGUUUUCACUGGUGGACUAAAGGAUGAUAAACUUCCUGAUAUGGUCGACAUUUCAUUAUUUACUAUUGACGAUGACAUUUAA